AUGGCAGACUCGGAUGGCGAGUUCAUCGCCGACGGCAUGUCGGACGAUGACCUCAUGGACCACGUGGGCGAGCGCAAGGCGGCGGCAAAAGCGUGGGAGCAGUCGAAGCGGACGUGGGAGACGAACCUGCCGGACGAGGAUCAGGACGGGGUGCUCAACCUAACGGCGCUCGAGGCAGAGAAGCGGCGGCGGCUGCUGCGCGACACGACGCCUCUGCAGAGGGGCAUCAUCCGCCACCUGGUGCUGGUGCUCGAUAUGUCGUUUGCCAUGGCCGACAAGGACAUGCUGCCCACGCGGUAUCGGCUGAUGCUAGGCUACGCGGCUGCCUUUGUGAGGGAGUUUUUCGAGCAGAACCCCAUCUCGCAGCUGGGCGUCCUGGGCAUGAGGGACGGCGUCGCUGUUCGGAUCAGUGAUCUGGGCGGGAACCCGGCCGAGCAUCUUGAGCGGUUGCGGGCGAUCGAAGGCCAGGAUCCGCAGGGGAACCCGAGCCUGCAGAAUGCGCUCGAGAUGUGCCGCGGCGCACUGUUCCAUGCGCCGUCGCACGGGACGCGAGAGGUUCUCAUCAUCUACGGGGCGCUGCUGUCGAGCGACCCGGGCGACAUCCACGAGACCAUCGGCCACCUGAUGACUGACCGGAUCCGCGUCUCCGUCGUGGGGCUGUCGGCGCACCUGGCCAUCUGCGCCGACCUGUGCUCGCGCACAAACGCGGGCGACGAGUCGCAGUAUAGGGUGGCCCUGGACGAGGUGCACUUCCGCGACCUCUUCCUCGCCGCCACGACGCCCCCCGUCACGCGCACCCUCGAGCAGAGCACCCCGAGCCUGCUCAUGAUGGGCUUUCCCUCGCGCACCCUGGCCCCCGGCGGGACGACGAGCUACUGCGCCUGCCACAGCAGGCCCUGCCGCGAGGGCUACGCCUGCUCGCGCUGCGCCACCCGCGUCUGCCGCCUGCCCGCCGAGUGUCCCGCCUGCGGCCUCACCCUCAUCCUGUCCACCCACCUGGCCCGGUCAUAUCACCACCUCUUCCCCCUGCGCAACUGGGUCGAGGUCUCGUGGGCCGACGCCGUGCGCUCCGCCACCUGCUUCUCGUGCCAGAGCGCCUUUCCCGAGCCGCCCAAGACGAGGCAGCCGGCGGUGGCGGCGGUGACGGCGUCGUCGACGACGAAGACGGCGGCAGGAGGGGCAAAGGGCGUGAGUGAGAGCGCGCGCUACGCCUGCGAGGUGUGCGGAAACCACUUCUGCAUUGACUGCGACGUCUUUGCCCACGAGGUGGUCCACAACUGCCCCGGCUGCCAGAGCAACGCCCUACCUCAUGACCCGCCGCCGGGCGGGGCCGAGCUCAACGGCAACAGCAACGGCCACGCCAACGGGGCCAUGGAGCUGGACGCAUGA